AUGGGGAAUGGUGAAAGUAAAAAACUGGAUUAUUCAAGCUGUGAAUGGAGGAAUGUCACUAAGGUUUCUUUGGGAGAGUUUCUGAGAUGUUUUGACCAGCCAAUAAGUGAGGAGCAGGCCUGGGCCCUUUGCUUUCAGUGUUGCCAUAAAAUGAAACAGUUGGCUCAAGGCCCCUACCCUGUGGUGAUUAAAGGUCUGGGAAGCAUCCUUAUCCAUUCUGAUGGUGCUGUUUCUUUCAUGGUGUAUCCUAAGUCUGAUGUUAACAAGACUCCUCAACUGGAGGAGCAGCUGACAGAGCGUCUGGGAAUGGUGAUCUAUAAAGCCCUGGAUUGGGGGAUUGACAACCAUCUGGAGCGAGAGCUGAGUGAACCACUGGAAAAGCUGAUCUCCCUCCUCCUGAAAUUAGACACUGAGGCAACAAAACCAGCCAUCACUUUCCAGGAUGUCCUCAAGAUCUGUGAGGAGCAUUUGCCCAGGCCCUCUGAGGCUGCCAGCUAUUACAGAACAGUCUGCAGGGUUCUCUUUGCUGAGUAUGAAGAUCUUCAGAAACUAAUGCUCACCCUACAGAACUCCAAAGAGAGUCUAAGAAGAAUGGAUGUGGAGGACUUGCUGGAAAAUGACACUCAGCUGGAGAAAGAUAAUUACUGGCAGGCUAGCUUGUGGCACGCUGUCAUCAGGGAACUGCAGAAUGGAGUGAGGCUGCGCAAGGUCAUGGAGCAACCCCAACAUAACAUUCCUCCCAAGGGAUACGCCCGCUCUCCCUAUGAGCUCUUGGCAGAGGACAUCCGACGCAAGAGGUACACCCUUCGCAAGGUGAAGAUCAACAGUGAGCAAAACUGCAAGAGCUCUGAAGGCAACACAGUCACUUCACAGCUCCCUUUAAAGCCAGUAAGUGACUUGUUUAGUUGUGAGGGCAUGAACAGAAAGAUCCCUGAACUGGCUGAAGCAAUACUGACCUAUCCCAUUCUCAAGUCCGGCAAGGCCUCAGAGAGGAAGCUAAAAGAGAACUCCCCCAAAGCGCCCAGUCUGCACGACCUGCUCAUGAUGGAAAUAAAACAGCCACAGAAGCUUCGGCCAUCUUCCACAGAGAAAAAUGGGAGCAGGCACGAAGGUACCUUUGUGAUGCCAAUGUUUUCCUUGAAUUCCCCGUGUGGCAAUGGCUUAUCUGUCCAAAAUGCCAGUAUAGGACUUACAAUUCACAAAGUCCAAAAACAGAUGCUGAUCCCUGACUUGCUGGUCCCAGAAUUUCAGGAAGCAGACGGGGCAUUGAAAUACAAUUUGGGAGUCAUCUCACACAGAUCUGUACUGACAUCCAGCAGCACAGAUUGCUCUGCAGACUGCACAUUUACCCCCAAGAGCAUGCCCGUGCGAGGAGACUGCAAAACAAGCAGCUUUCUGAAUCUAAAUCAGCGACAGCCUUUCUGCCGAGGGAGGUCCAAGUCUUUAAGGAGUGCCCUUCAAAUCAAGGAAGAUGACUACCCCUCUCCUACAAGGUGGCCAUCACCAACCAUUGCUGAACUGAUUGGAACCAGAUAUGCUGUGAUGUCUGAAAUGGAGGGAUCCCGUCAAAGAGAUGGUUGUGCAAUAUCUUCACAAGCCAGGGUCUGUUUCCAUUGCCAUAAGCAGAUGGUCUUUCUGUGGCCUUACAGGUGUCAUCUCUGUAGCAGUGUCAUCUGCUGUGAUUGCUGCAUCAAGAUGUCUAUGCCCUUCAGACCAUGUGUGCAUCUUCCACUUAACUUAACAAAAGCACUGAGACUCUCCAAGGAGGAGGACUCAGCUACCCAAGACCAGAAAUCCUCACAAUUGUUGUUUGAAGUAGAACAUUGGGAUUGUUCUAGAGUACCGCUGGUGUUUGAACCCCAUUGCUUAGCACAGCCUCUUGCCUCUCAGAGAGAGACCAUGAUGGACUGGCCUUCUAUGGACAUCUGUACCACAUGUGAGCAAUACCUGUUGCAUGUCCUCUCCAGCCAGCAGCAAUGCAUCCCUCCCAGGAAAAGAUCCAGGUCAUGGACUGAACUGGAAUGA